GAGUCACCCUUCAGGGUCGUCCUUCCAACGUGUUGAAACCUCCAUCUGGCCCUCUAAAUUUUAAAAAUAGACUUAUCCAACACCGACCGCACGUCGUGUAAAAUGGGGAAAAGCUUGCAGAAACGCAAGCCUUCUCUUUUUCAGACUGUUCAGCAAUGCUUGGCGAAGUACGGCAGCUUGGGCUUCGCGAAGUCUAUCGUCCUCUCCACGGACUACCUCGCCUUCGUCUCUGUGCUCCUCCUCGUCGCAGAGUUAUUCGUUAGCCUCAUGGUCGUCCAUAACGUCAAAUAUACGGAGAUAGAUUGGAAGGCGUACAUGCAAGAAGUGGAGGGCUUCCUCAAUGGCACCAGCGACUAUGCUCUCCUCAAAGGAGACACCGGCCCACUCGUCUACCCAGCAGGAUUCGUUUACUUCUAUUCCGCCCUUCACUACCUUACGGACAAAGGGUCUGACAUCAGGCUAGGGCAGUACGCUUUUGUCAUAUUCUAUUUACUCUUUCUCUCUCUUGUUUUCAGGAUUUACAUAAAAACCAAGAAAGUCCCUGGUUAUGUUUUAGCAAUAAUGUCCCUCACUUCUUACAGGAUCCAUUCGAUUUUCAUGCUCAGGCUGUUCAACGAUCCGAUAGCAAUGUUGUUGUUGUAUGCGUCUUUUAAUUUGUUUUUAGAGAGUAGAUGGUCAUUGGGAAGUCUCUUUUACAGCCUGGCGGUUUCUGUCAAGAUGAAUAUACUUUUAUUCGCACCGGGUCUGCUUCUUGCUUAUUUAACAAGUUUAGGUUUAAAAGACACAAUAUACCAGCUUGGGAUUUGUGCGACUGUCCAGUUUGUCCUCGGACUGCCUUUUCUCUUAACAAACCCAUAUUCGUACUUAAAAGGUUCAUUCGACUUAGGCAGGGUGUUCCUCCACGAGUGGACUGUGAAUUGGAGGUUUCUUCCUGAAAGCGUCUUUGUCAACCCUUUGUUCCACCUCGGCCUUCUUUUCGCUCAUAUUUUUACCCUGUGCCUGUUUUUCAAAGUCGGUUGUACCUAUUUGAACAGUUUCGCGAGACUCAAGUGUAUAGAAUCGGAUCUCGGUAAGAAGAAAAACCAGCCAAAAAUCGACAUGGGGUCUGCGGCGCAGCUCUUCAUCCUGCCGUUGUUCCUUUGCAAUUUUAUCGGCGUCGCAUUGAGCAGGUCGUUACAUUACCAGUUUUACGUCUGGUAUUACCACACCCUCCCAUACUUGCUCUGGUCAACAAGGCUUUCAACGUCGAUGAAACUCAUGCUGUUGGGCUUGAUAGAAAUGGCUUGGAACACUUAUCCGUCUACAUAUUUCUCAAGCGGUGUACUCCAUUUGUCCCACUUGAUCAUUUUACACAAUUUGUACAAGACUACAACUGCCAAUAUAAAAACUGAUUAAUUAUUACCCCCUAAAGUGUUUUAAAAAUACAAAGUUCAUCCCUAAAUUCACAACGUAAUUUCAAAUAUUGAAUUUUUUAUCGUGAAAACAGAGAGAAGGGAUAAGAAAAAAUUCUACCUUGAAAAACAAUUUUUUGUAUUUAAACUUUUUUUGAUCCAAUUAAAAUAUUAAAAAUGUAUUUACAAAUUUUCUACAAUUUUGACAAUGAAUUAACAAAUAUAUGAAAAUUGAUGUAUU